UGACAGUGUCAUUUGCUCUCGGUGUGAACGGGAGAGGGGGAGACCUGCGGUUUCACGGAAAGAGGAGGGGCUGGACCACCGUGCACCGUGGAGGAGAGCGCUAACAGAACAGAGGCUGCUGUCGGGGUGCUUUGGGAAACCCGCUUCUCUUUAGUGUGCGUAGAUUCUUCUGACCAAUCGGUAGACUACACAAAAAAAUGAUUCUCAAAGUGUAACAAAGACUAUUGGUUUAAUUUCUAUAUUUUAUUUUAUUCUUCCGGUUGCCUAUGUUGGGAAAAUGAGUUAAACAUUAGAUUUUUAGGAAAAAGAACGCUGGAAAGAGAUCGUUGAACUUUCUACUCAGGAAGCGUUUCCACAGGUCUGGCUGGCAGAGCGGGAGGACUCAGAUGUUUCCAACAUGGAGCUGAACACAGGAGACGUGCCUCUAUAUGGCCAGGUGGAGGUCCGUGCUUUGUUGCAGGUUCCAGAUAUAGACCGGGAACCAGAACAGGAUGAGUUCUAUGUGGUUCUAGAAGGUUCCAGACUAGCCCAUGUUACCAUAGCUACGAGAGCGGGGGAUGGAAAGUCUCUAUGCUUCACUGUCCCUGGUCAUGAUCUCCAGGAGACCGUCUGUGUCACAGCGUAUCGUGGACUCAAGCCCUGUGGAGGCAGAGCGUCCUUAGAAUACAUUUGUGAUUCUCCACAGGAAGUGUCAGAGUACCUGCUGGCCAACAGCGACUGUCUGGGUCCCCGGAGCCACGUGGAGGUCCUUAAGAGGGUUUCAGCAGCUCCCGGGCAGUGGGACAGAGGGGGUGACGGGAGCGCUGGCCGAGGAAAAGGGAUCCGUCUGGAGGACACAGACCUGGAGGGGGAGGGCGGAGGUGGCAGACCCAGGCUGUCUCCGGAGGUGGACAUUCGUCUCAGGGAGAUGGAUGCGAAGAUAACCCAGGCCGUGGCAAACCUUGACAACCUUUCGGAGUGGCGCGGCAAGGCCAGCCGACUUGCAGAAGAGCACCAGCCAAGGGAGACUCUUCUCCACCUGUCGGUGCGACUGGGUUUGCUCCACCUCUCGCGCUUCCUGAUAUCCCUGCCCAGGGGCCAAAGGCUACUGACCCUGCCCAAUGAGGAGGGGGACACGCCCCUCCAGCUGGCUCAGAGGAACGGAGACCAUACUCUCUUUUCGGCACUCACCACCCCUCCUUCAUCUCAGGGGUCUCCCCCUGCCAGGACGUGGUGUCUGUGGGCCGACAGGACCCGUUUGCUAAGGGUUUGUCCUGGGUCACGCUCCCUCACCCUAACCUUCCUGGGUGGCACUGAUAGCCACAUUCUGGACAACAUCCUGGUCCUCAGAGAGAAACUGACAGAUGACAACAUCCUCACACAGAUCUCAGCACUAAGGGGUGAUGUUCAGCUGGAAGACAGUGAUAGAGAGGAGGUCCACAGAAGUGAUUCCAGGGAUGGAGGUCUGGGAAGUGGGACGCCAAUCGUAGACCUUACUGUGGUGGAUAGUGUUUUUGAAGAGCAGCUUGUUCUCUCCUUGGAUGAUGAUGAUGAGGAACUUCCAGCAUUAAUGAAAGAGAAUCACCAGACAGAUUUUGCAAGAGGAACACAGAGCCAGUUCUCUCACUCUGCCACUGCAGACAAAUUAGCCUCCAUGAUCAAUGGCAGGAGUCUCUACACAGAGGCUGAGGUUGGGGUUGCCGGGGUAACGACGGACAGCUCUGUGACUGACAGGAGAGUGUGGGACACGGAGACCAUCCUCCUCCAGGCCUCCAACACCCCUCCUCUCGUACCUCCCUUUGGACUAGUGGAACCAAAGUCCCCCUCUGUCUCUCCCUCUGUAUCCCCCUCUGUUUCUCACUCUGCGUCUCCCUCUACCUCCCCCUCCGUCUCCCCCUCUGUCUCCCCAUUGCUCUCCCCCGCGGACCAAGCCCUCGUCCGACUUACCAGCCUCUCCCACUCGUUCCACGCCAAUAAGAGAGGGAGUCCACCACUAGAUUCCCAGGACCUCAGCCCCAGUCUGGUAGCUCUAGUGAUGGAAAGUGAAGAAGAGGAGGACGUGAUUUUGGUGAAGUCUCCGCUCUCUCUCAUCUCCCCCCUGAGCUCUGACACUUGCAUUAGAGUGGACAGCGUCUCCCCAGACCUCGCCUGCACACGCUCACACUCCGCCUCCACGGACCCAAAACACCAAAAGGAAAUGGGUGACCAGGGGACCAGGCACCGCUCCUAUUCCUACACCUCCCCCAAGAUCAGCCUGCUACCCCCCCGCUUCUCCCGCGAUACCGCAGCCACACCCGGCCCCUCCGACCUCAGCCCAGAUGGUGUGUUCCACAGUGUGAGCCAAAGCCGAUCUCUCCUUCAGGCCCUCUCUCUGUCUAAAUCUCUGUCUCUACUCCACCCUGGUAAACAGAGGGCGUUCAGUCUGUCGGAGCAGUCUCAAGAAAAAAGGGAGGUAAGGUUCCGUAAGCGCGCCCAGUCUGCAGACGACGAGGGCAGCAUUGAGCUGGCAGAGUCCCUCCAGCACCUCACGCUCUCAGAGUUCCUCAAAGAAAUUGAAGAAGAGGAGUGGGACAAAUACAACAUCCCGUCAAAGGUUGAGUCAGAAAAAUACAAAGUCAUUCGUACCUUCAGCUUCCUCAAGAGCCGAAUGUCCAGCACUCGCAACAAGAACAAGGGGAAGGGGAAGGAGAAGGAGAAGGAGGGAAAAGACAAACAGCAGAAUGGACAUCGUUUCACCACGGGCGCCUGCGCUGGUCCCAUCGUCUGCCUGGUCUGCGACAAACCGGCCACAGCCAAGGACCUUCUGCACUGUGCCGGUUGUACGGUCAUGGUCCACAAGGGUUGUAAGGACUCGGCUCCCCCAUGUCUAAAGAAACUCCAGGAUAAGUAUGCGGUUACCAUGGUUAAGAACCGAACGGCAUCCCUCCCGCAGAACUUCACAGUGCGAGACAGUCCCUCUUCCUGUCUGAUGUCCACCUCAGCCUCACUACCUAUGAUGAACCAGAGGGACAGGAGAGAGACGCCCUCCCUCCCCAGCCCACUCUCCAGGAGUGUCCCCUCCGCCACUGACAAACUAAACGAGAGUCCCGAGGUGGAUUCUGAGAGCAGGUGGGGCCCUGGCCAAUCCGAGGAGAUCCUGCAGGUCACGGAGUCCUCCACCUCCACCGACUCCUCCCUCGGAGAAGACUGUGUGGACGCCGGGCUCCAUAUCGACUUGGCUGCCGACGCUCUGGACUACGAGGCUGAGUCCUGGAGUCUGACGGUGGAACACAAGUUCUCCAAGAAGCAGGAGAAACGGCUGGUGAAGAGGCAGGAUGUUAUCUACGAGCUGAUGCAGACCGAGAUGCAUCACCUCCACACCCUGUGCAUCAUGGCCGAGGUGUUCCGGCGAGGGAUGAGGGAGGAGGUUCAGCUGGACGCGGACGCCGUGGGUCGUGUCUUCCCCUGUCUGGACGAGCUCCUCCUCUUCCACCGCGACUUCUUCGGCGCCAUGAGGGAACGGCGCCACUGCAGCGCGAGUCCGCACGGGGACAGGAACUACGUCAUCGAACGCGUUGGAGAUAUCCUGGUGCAACAGUUUUCAGAAGAAAAUGCAGAGAGGAUGAAGCAGUUGUAUGGCGAGUUCUGCAGCCAUCACACUGAAGCCGUCGCCUUCUUCAAAGAGCUACAGCAGCACAACAAACGCUUUCAGACCUUCAUCAAGCAACAAAGUAAUAACUAUUUGGUACGAAGAAGAGAGAUCCCAGAAUGCAUCUUGUUAGUGACCCAGAGGAUCACUAAGUACCCUGUUCUGCUGGAGAGGAUUCUACAGUAUACUCAAGAGGAUAGUGAGGAGCACAGGGACCUCUCCAGGGCUUUGGUUCUGAUCAAGGAGGUGAUUGCAGCAGUGGACCUGAGGGUCAGUGAGUUCGAGCAGGGUCAAAGGUUACAGGAUGUCCUAAACAGGAUGGAGAACCGCAGCUCUGCCAAACUGAAGAACGGACAUACCUUCCGGAAGCAGGAUGUUCCAGGACCUGGUCGGACCCUCCGACACCAGGGCCUGUUAAUGUGGAAGACUGCAACUGGACGACUCAAAGACGUAUUGGCUCUGCUCCUCACAGACAUACUGAUCCUCCUACAGGAGAAAGACCAGAAGUAUAUAUUUGCUGCUGUGGACCAGAAGCCUCCAGUCAUCUCCCUGCAGAAGCUGAUCGUCAGGGAGGUCGCCAACGAGGAGAGAGGGAUGUUUCUGAUCAGCGCGUCAGCCGCCGGCCCGGAGAUGUACGAGGUCCACACCGCGUCCAAAGAUGAACGCAACACCUGGAUGAGACUCAUUAGAGAGGCUGUUGAGAGCUGUCCAGAGGAAGAGGAGGACAAUACUAGUGAAUCAGAGGAAGACAGACGAGCAGCUGAAGCCAGAGUCCAGAAAAUACAUCGGCUACAAGAGAGUCUGAGUGGUCAGGACCAUCAGAUCUGUUCCAGUCUGGAGGAGAAGCUCCAGAUCUUUGCUGAGCUGUCUGCCCUGAAUGGAGGGGCUAAGGGAGCACAGCAUGAGCCACGCCUGCUGGUCCAGCCACACCCGGAGGAUGUGCCCCAGGCCACAGCACUGCUGAAAGCUGCCCUCAGAGAGGCUGAGAACUUAAGGACCGCUCUGUCCACACGGACCUGCUCCCCAUCCUGCAGCCCUCCCGUGUCACCCACCAGCACCACUACCCCACUGGAAACCACCUCUGACAGCGAAGCCUCUCCAGGAGACCCUGAUACCAGGGAGGGGGAAUGGACAGCUUCCCAGGCCCUGGUAUUGCAGUCCCAGACUCAUGCCAACACCGAAGACGCCAGUAAUAUCAACCGGAAUGUGUCUCAGAGUGUCCAAAGCCUGACCCAGUUACUCUACAGUCUGCAGGCAGCAGUAACUAUCCAAGACAGUUUCUACGAGGUUCAGAAGCACCUCCUCCGCGAGAUUGAUCGCCCCUCCCCCCGCCCAACAAGGCCACACACCCCUUGUCUCCGUGGAAACGCCCUGCUGGAGCAAGAGAAGCAGCGGAACCUGGAGAAGCGGCGGGAGGAGGUGGCGGCGGCCGUGCGGCUCCAGAGCCGGCUGAGACAGGAGAGGCAGCGCUGGGAGAGGGAGUGCCAGGCUCGCCACAGCCAGCAGGGGGAGAUGGAAAGCAGGCUGGAGGAGAGGGAGAGGCAGUGCCUCCUGGAGGCCGAGAGGCUGAGGCGGGAGCGGGAAGAGCUGGAGGAGCAGCUGGGGGAGUACCAGCAGAGCCUGGAGAGGCUGAGGGAGGGCCAGAGGAGUGUGGAGAAGGAACGGGAGCGUCUGGAGACCCAGCAGAAACUGAUAGAGAGCUGGAGACACAGCCGCCAGCGGAGCCUGCCUGUCAUGGUCAUACCUCUGGAUGGACAUCAGGACUCACUUCCUGGUCAGCCCGGCGGCCAUUUUGACUACGACGGCUCAGUGUUUGUCAACGAGGCGGCGUUCACCACAGCAACGGUGCUCAACAACCGCCACGUUCACCACCACCUGCACCAGCAGCAGAGAGGUGGGUCCCUGGGUUACAAAGACGACCCCCGAGCCCACAACAGCCUGAACACCCUGCUGGGCUUCAGCCACCCACAAACGGCACAUCCCCAGGCCCUCUCCAAGACGCUCCAGCUUCCUGCCGACGCCCACGCCUGCCUGGGCUGGGGGGCGGGCACCGUUGACACCGGGUGCUUGUUCGCUCCUCCAGGAGGACGGUGCCCUGAGGUGACGCCCAGCGAUGUAAACACAGACACCUACGUGAGGGAGACGUGGUCAUCAGUGGCAACCACGGCUGGACAGUAUCAGGCUGUACCCCAUCACGGGGACCCCCAGCUGGGCCUCUCCUCCUUCAUUUCCCUGGAGACACAGAGUGGAGAUGGGGAGGAGGGGGAAGAGGAGAACAUUGUGUAUCUCUGAGAUCAUAACCCGGACUCAAAGGUUUGAAACGAAUUGACAAAAUCUCUGAUUCACAGACUUGAAAUGAUGUUCUGACCGUUCAGAAUCCAGGCCAGUUGAUAUCCAGGUCCACUGUCUAUCCGGCAGGUUGGAGUCAGAGACUGAACGGGCCUAGACUGUGGACUCCCGGUUCCUGCCAUGUCCCUGCCGUCUGAGGCCUUCCUCAUGUGUCUCUGAGUGUUGUCAAUGAGAGAUGCUUUCAUAGUGCUACAUGUUUCUCAAUGUUUGUGUAGUGUGUGUGUGUGUGUGCGUGUGUGUGUAACUUGGUUAUCUGUGCGUACAUUUGUGGAUCUCUGGCGAGAGUUCUGCCAGGCCUGUUUGCCCGAGGUCCUAAAAUAUCCCAACCCUGUUGCCUGCCCCCCCAUGUCCCCAUAUUCGGCUCCAUGUCUCUGUUUCAGUCCCCCCCCCUUCCCUGUAUCAGGCUGAACCGUUUUGUUUCCCUUGGUUUGUUU